UGGAGCGGGCCUACCACACCGGACGUGUCUCUGGAGGAUAUUGUAGAAGCGACCCAUCUGUCGUCCGAUUCCCCCCGUUCCUCCUUUCUCGCUCCCGCCGGAAGACAAAUUAAUCCUUUUGCCCCACGACGAGUUUAUGGCGUACCAAAGGUUGAACUAGAUGUGGUGCGACGGUCUUGCCGGGAAGAUAGCAGAGGCGGAGGCGCUAGAGCAGGCGAAGCGCGAGGACGCGGAGCGCUUGGCGGAAGGGGAGGCUGCGCUGGCUGCUGCGGCGAGGAAGCAGAAGGAGGAGCGUGAGGCUGUUUGGGCUGCUGCGGCGAGGAAGCAGGAGGAGGAACGUGAGGCUGCUCUGGCUGUUGCGGCGAGGAAACAGGAGGAGGAGCGUGCGGCUGUUCUGGCGGAGCGUGAGGCGUAUCUCCAAGCGGCUAGGGCGAAGCAGGGGGCGCUCCGAUCGCGGCUGAAGGAGCUGGAGCCCCGCCACCAGGACCCGCGAGCACCCCCCCACCCCCGUCGCCGUGUUAUCGUUCCCACCCCCCACGCAAUCCCAGGUGCCCCUUGGUUCCCAUCGUACCGCCUCGCCGCACGAGAAGGAGCGGGAGGUGGCGGCUUCUCCGACGAACGAGAAGGAGCGGGAGAGGACAGCGACUCCGGAUUUUUCGGUGACUUUGGGUCUUCCGGUCGGUGCUGAAGACGGAGCAUCGUUUGCGGCGGCAACCAGGGUGUACGAGUUCCACGUUGGAGAUACAGUGUUCCUGUCCCGCCCGCUGGAGAUGCCUUCAGAAGGUGUCACCUUCCACGACGAGGAUAAAUUGGCAGCUCUUUUUGCAUGGGCUGGCAUCAAACA